AUGAUACUGGUGUCGGUGCUGGCGGAUCUACUGGAGGAGUACAUGGUGCUGGUGGCGAGGGUGAUGGAGCAGAUGCUGCACGACGCGCCCUUCCCACGGCGGAUGAGGUUCCUCAUGCUGCGGAGCCUCCCCUUCACGUCCCCUCCCCGGUCCCUCCACCCCCUCCCACCUCCGUACGCCGUCACCGCACGGGCCGCCAACCGUUGA